CCCGGCGCUGCCACAGUGCGGAUGCUGCCCCGCUGACCGCCCGGGCACCGGGACCCAGGAGCCUCGCCGAGCCGGGAGCACCGCAGGGCAGCCUGAUCCUGCCUGGAGUGUCCCAUGGAGCAGGGUGGAGACACCGGCGGGGCUGCGGGCGCAGCACCCCCCGAACCCGAGGGCAGCGCAGCCCCCGCAGCUCCCCAGCCCCAGGCGGGGACAGCGCCAGCCGCCACCGGGACGCAGGACACGGGCACGGGUGGGCCUGGGCAGGAGAAGGCUGGAGGAGGGACGGCAGAGCCGGAGCAGGAGGCACCUCUGGCUGCUCCAGAGCUCCGGGAUGGACGGGGAGCAGCUCCAGGAGAGGAGGAUUCGCCUGUGCUGUGUGAUGGAGGACAGGCAGCAUCCACCGGGGAGAAGGUGCCAGCUGCCACUGCGGCCCAGGGUGCAGGGAAGGAUGAGAAAGAGAAGCCUGGGAAGAAGAAAGCUCCAGCUGCUGCAGGGUUGGUCAAAGGAGGAAAGGCUUCAGCUGCUGCAAAGGCUGAGAAUGGAGGGAAGGAUGAGCCCAUGGAGGGGAAGGACCUGGCUGAAACUGAGGCACGGGAUGGAGGAAAGGACAAGCCCAAUAAGGAGGAAGCACCUGGUGGGUCAGGGGCUGAGAGUGCUGGAAAAGCAGAGUCCACUGAGGAGAAGGCUCUGGCUGCAGCAAACUCUGAAGAAGGGAAGGCAAAACCUGUGGAGGAAACAGCUUUGGCUGCAGCUCAGGUUCAGGAUGGAGGAAAAGAAGAGCCUGCAAAGGAGAAAAUCACAGGGGUUGCAAAACAGGAGGUCCCAGCCCCUGCUAAAACUAUGGAUGAAGGGAAGCAAGAUGCAAAGGCAGAGCAAGCCCCGGCUGAUACCAAGCUUGCAAAAGAGAAAACCACAGCUGCUGCAAAGGAGAAGGCCCCAAAUGCUGCAAAGGCUCAGGAUGGGAAGAAUAAAAUGGUAAAAGCAGAAAAAGCCCCAGCAGUUAAAAAGGCCCCAGAUGGAAGCAAAGAGGAGCCCACAAAGGAGAAGCCUCCAGCUCCGGGGAAGGAAAAAGCCCCAAAUUCAGUGAAAGAGAAAGCCCCAAAUUCAGUGAAGGAACAAGCCCCAGCUUCAGUGAAGAAGAAAGCCCCAGAUUCAGUGAGGGAGAAAGCCCCAGCUUCAGUGAAGGAGAAAGCCAUAAUUCCUGCAAAGGAGAAAAUCCCAGAUGCUGCUAAAGCUCAGGAUGGAGAGAAGGCAGCAGCAAAAGCAGAGAAAACACCAGCUGAAAAAAUGGCUCAAAGUGAAGGCAAAAAAGAGCCUGCAAAGGAGAAGUCCCCAGCAGCUGUGAAGGUGCAGGAUGGAGGGAAGAAAACUGCAAAGGUGGAAAAAUCCACAGUUGCAUCGAAGGCUGGGGAUGAAGGAAAAGAUUCUAAAAAGGAGAAGGUCCCGGCUACCACAAAGGCUCAGGAUGGAGGGAAGAAAGCUGCAGAGGUGGAGCCUCCCACACCCGGAGCAGAGGCUGGGGAUGGGGCUGCAGAGCCCACGGAGGCCGCGGCCGUGGCCGUGGUGAGGGCUCAGGGUGAAGGGGAGGAAGUGUCCAAGGGGACACAGGGACAGCCCCCGACAGUCCCCGAGCCCCCACGCCCGGCUCUGCUGCAGAGCCUGAGCUGCCCGGCUGCCUGCCACAGGGAGGAGCAGCCCUGGGCAGAGAUGGAGACAAUAGAAGAGGAGACCACGAUGGUGGAGCCAAAAGAGGGUCUGACAGAGCCUGGCCAUGGCCCACCAGCCCAGGGGGACCUGCAGCCCCUGGAGCCCCCCGGCACCCCUCAGGAGAGGACAUUGCCCAGUGCCCCAGGGCAGCCCCCGGAUCCUGCUGGGGUGGUGGAGCAGCCUGGACCUGGGGUGGAACCAUCUUUGACAGAGGCAAAGCCACCCCCCAGCCCCUACCUCACCCCCGAUUUUGGGAAGGAAGACCCUUUUGAGAUACUGGACGAUGUCCCCCCGCCGCCAGCGCCCUUCGCCCAUCGCAUCGUCACCCUGCGCUCCGCCAGCGUCAGCUCCCAGUUCAGCCUCAGCUCCAAGGAGAUCCUGGGCGGGGGCAAGUUUGGUGAGGUUCACACGUGCACAGAGAAGGAGACGGGGCUCAAGCUGGCAGCCAAAGUGAUCCGGAAGCAGGGAGCAAAGGACAAGGAGAUGGUGCUGCAGGAGAUCGAUGUCAUGAACCAGCUGAACCACCACAACCUCAUCCAGCUCUACGACGCCAUCGAAACCCCCCGGGAGAUCAUCCUCUUCAUGGAAUACGUGGAGGGUGGCGAGCUCUUUGAGCGGAUCAUCGACGACGAUUACCACCUGACCGAGGUGGACUGCAUGGUGUUCGUGCGGCAGAUCUGCGAGGGCAUCCGCUUCAUGCACCACAUGGGCGUCCUCCACCUCGACCUCAAGCCUGAGAACAUCCUCUGUGUGGCUGCCACUGGGCACAUGGUGAAGAUCAUCGACUUUGGGCUGGCUCGAAGGUACAAUCCCAACGAGAAGCUGAAAGUGAACUUUGGCACCCCUGAAUUCCUGUCCCCUGAGGUGGUCAACUACGAGCAGGUCUCCUACACCACGGACAUGUGGAGCAUGGGCGUCAUCACCUACAUGCUGCUCAGUGGCCUCUCCCCCUUCUUGGGUGACGAUGACACCGAGACACUCAACAACGUGCUGGCUGCCAACUGGUACUUUGAUGAGGAGACCUUUGAGAGUGUCUCCAAUGAGGCCAAGGACUUCGUCUCCAACCUCAUCAUCAAGGAUAAGAGUGCCCGGAUGAGUGCUGACCAGUGCCUGCAGCACCCCUGGCUCAAUAACCUGGCAGAAAAGGCCAAACGCUCCAACCGGCGCCUCAAGUCCCAGGUGCUGCUCAAGAAAUACGUCAUGAGGAGGCGCUGGAAGAAAAAUUUCAUCGGGGUGUGCGCUGCCAACCGCUUCAGGAAGAUCACCAGCUCAGGGUCCCUGACAGCGCUGGGCAUCUGAGCUGGGCUCCCAGGGGAGCCGAGGCCAGAAAGGAACCACUUGAGAGGGACCCCCACUCUGAGAGGGACCCCCACCAGUCUGGAGCAGCUCUGUGGAGCUGGUCCCGCUGCUCUCAGGACCACAUCACUGCUCAGUCUCAGACUGUGAGGCUGCUCCGGAGUGAAGGUUUCUGAUCUCAACUCUGGCCCUGGCCUGGCUGCGUGAUGCCCGACCCGCAGCAUCUCUGCUCUGCUCACGCUUCCUUCUCGUGUCCUCGGAGGAGCAGCAAGGCCAUUCCGGUGUGAUUCCGCUGCCUCGGCCGCCUGGCGCUUGCUGCUUUGGACUCUGCCUGUAAAUGCCGCAGCCCCGCCUGCCCUCGCUGCCGCCGGCCCCUGCGCUGCCCGACCUCCCUCCCCAGCUCUGCGGCUCGGCGAUGAUGCUGGAGGGCACCGCGGAGCCUCACCCCGGUGCUUUGGCAGCGGAGCCGGGGCUCAGGCACCUCCUCCCGGCCAGCUGGGCAUGUGGGAGCGGAGCUGGCCCCGAGCUGCUGCUCGCACAGGAAGGGAGGAAGCAGCAAGCACGCUUCCAGCGGCGUCCCCAGCUGGGAGCCAACGAGGAAAGAAGGAGGCUUUGUGUUCCCGCUGCCCUCCCUGCCCUUCGGUUCUGCCAGCGGGGGAAAAACACAACCUCUGCUUCACCCGUCCGCGGCAGAUCGCGAUGAGCGAGGCGGGCUAAUGCAGAGCAGCUGGGCCGCGCUCCCGCUCCGGCCGGCGCCGCUCACCCGACCACCAACACAGCGGAACUGCUCGGCCGCCAGCUCCCCGCCCGUGCGGGGGCUCCGCGGGACCGCCGGGACCGGGAGAGGGGAGAGAGGCGCUGCCCCAGCUCCCGAGCCUUGUCCCGAGCCCCGUCCCCUUUGCCUGCACCACUCCUGGCCUCCUCGUGCUGCCAGGGGAUGGGCAUCCCCCGGGAUUUGCAGCAUCCAGAGGAUGGGCAUCCCCCGGGAUUUGCAGCAUCCAGAGGAUGGGCAUUCCCCGGGAUUUGCAGCAUCCAGAGGAUGGGCAUCCCCUGGGAUUUGCAGCAUCCAGAGGAUGGGCAUUCCCCGGGAUUUGCAGCAUCCAGAGGAUGGGCAGCGCCCGGGAUUUGCAGCAUCCAGAGGAUGGGCAUCCCUCGGGAUUUGCAGCAUCCAGAGGAUGGGCAUCCCCCGGGAUUUGCAGCAUCCAGAGGAUGGGCAGCGCCCGGGAUUUGCAGCAUCCAGAGGAUGGGCAUCCCCCGGGAUUUGCAGCAUCCAGAGGAUGGGCAUCCCCCGGGAUUUGCAGCAUCCAGAGGAUGGGCAGCGCCCGGGAUUUGCAGCAUCCAGAGGAUGGGCAUCCCCCGGGAUUUGCAGCAUCCAGAGGAUGGGCAUCUCCUGGGAUUUGCAGCAUCCAGCCUUGCCCACUGCAGGAGGGGAUGGGGUCCCCCAGCUUUGGCUUUUGCCGUGGCUCAGCCCCCCCAGCCAAGGCUGUGUGUUUGCUCUGGAGCUGCCUCUGCCCUUUGUGCCUGCUGGAAAAACAUUGGGGAGAGACACGGGGAAUCAUUGCUGCUCACCCCACAUGGCUGCAGCAGGGGAAGGGGCUUCAGGCUUGUCCCCAGCGGGCAGGAGCCACGGCUGGUGGGACCCUGCCCCAUCACGGAGCUCUCCACAGCGCUCGCCUUCUUGUAAAUAAAUGUACAGGUCUGCCCAGA